AUGGCGGACGAGAAAGAGCAAUCUGAUUGCUCUCCAUUAAUUUCUGUGAAGGGAUUCAAGGACAUGAUCUAUAGACAAUUAUCUGUUGAUGACUUAGAAAGAAAUAGAUACGAAGCUUCAUACAGCGAAUUAUCUGAGGAAAUGGGAAUUUCUAUGGAAACAAUUGGAGAAUUGGACGAAGUUUGUAGCCCAUCAAAUCUUAAGAGUGAACUACAGCCAGAUGAUCUAGACGAUGUUGACAUUUAUGGCAAUGACCUACCAGAGAGUGUCAGUCUUUCAUCUUUAAGACUUUUGAAGGAAAGGAAGGGCAAGUUAACACAUUUUAAGAGAGAAAUUAAUUAUGAAAUAAAGGAAACAAAAAUAGCCGAUUCAAAAACAAAAAGAAUUCCUGUUGAAAAGGUGGAGGUCGUGUUGUCUGUUGCUAUUCAUCAUCCAAGAAGGGUAUAA